AUGCCGGCGAAACAUCUGGGAAUGUACUACGUCCACCGUCCUACUCUGGAAAUGAUGAUGCAUACAAGGGAUUCCGGACUAGGUAGUAUUACAAAUGGUCAUUUAAAAAAGAGCGAAGCUCGUUCCACCAUGCAGCACUUACUUCAUCUACCCUAUCAUCUACAGCAGCAACAUCAACAGCAAUUACUACAGAUGAGGCAGACCAGUCAGCCUGAAAAAGAGCAGGAUCAUCGGCCUGGGACGGGUCCAGCGAGAGCCAGUUUGCAGGUCAGCUUUGGCCUUGCCUUCACACGAGGUAUGCUCACCGGAGCAUUAGCAAAAGCAGCAAGUGGCGCAGAAAAAGUCAAACGCAUUUUAAACAAGGUAACAUUAUUAGGAGUUAUAUUUUUUUUGUUAAACUUCUAUUUUACAUUCUCAGUUCUCUCAUCAAUUGUGCCCAUUCUCCAAGUGAGCUUGGGCUGUACGUUAAAUUAA